UUCUGAAUCUGAAAGGACGCACAUUUGUGAACUUAAAAUAGUUUUAGUAUAGAAAACUAAAGAAUUUGUCUUAAAAAUAAAACUCAAAAUGUGAAAAACUCAAACAUAUUUAACGUGUUACUAUUAUGGACAAUAACAGCUUGGUUAGAUUCGAAAAUAUUUAAUAGAAAUCGUUUCGGAGUAGCCUCAUCUCGCAAUAAGUACUCAAUUAGUUAUGUUGACGUACGCCAGCGUCGAGAUUUAGUUGUAAGUGAAAGUUCUGGAUUAACUUUUUCUUCGUGAAAAUGAGACUUUAACAAGCUAUGUGAUAUUAAGUGUAUGAUAUAUUAUAUUAAAAAUGGAGAACGCAAGUUUUUCUGCGGGAGCCGAAUGUGGAGAAGAAAUCGAACGGGCCCUAAUGGACCUGGGCCCUUUUCUUGGCGUGACUAUCAAGGAGGAGACACCUGACGAACUCACCGAAGGCACGGCGACCCGUGCUAAUCUCCAGAUGAGCGGCACGAGCGCGCCUACGGAGGGGGCUCCGGAGAGCGCGGAGGGCGCGGCUGGCGGCAAGGCGGAGGGCGAGGGCGCAGACUCGCUGGCGUCGCCCACCGCACGCACUUCCUUCCUCGCCAUGCGCUGCGUGUUCUGCCAGCUGCCGCUGUCUCAGGCGGAGGGCACGCCCAAGCUCAUGGAAUGUCUCCACUCUGCCUGCGAGCCUUGCAUCAAGGCCAAAAUAGACGAGAAACUCGCCGGUAGCAGGGACUUUCUAGGUGCCGGCCGCGUCACGAUACUCUGUUCAGCCUGUCGCCUACACUGCCAGCCGAGCAACAUGAUCGACCAGAGAUUCGUUAUUGAGAAAACUGCUCUGGAACAGACCGGCACCAACGGCUCCAUGAGCGGAGAGCAGCAAUGCAACAGCUGCGAAGACACGGAGCCCGCGACCAGUUAUUGUGUGGACUGCGGAGAAUUCAUUUGCGAUAAUUGCGUGCAUGCGCAUCAAAGACUGAAAAUCACGAAGGACCACACGAUCAAGUCCAAGGAGGAAGCCGUGUCGGAGCUGCAGGCGGCGCAGGGGGGGCGCGCCGCGCACGACAUGUACUGCCGCGACCAUCCGCAGGAGCGACUCGCCCUGUUCUGCGAGACGUGCGACCGUCUCACAUGCCGCGACUGUCAGUUGCAGCACCACCGCGACCACAAGUACCAGUUCAGCACCGAGAUGGCGGCUCAGGCACGCGGCGGCAUCGCGGCGCUGCUAUCGGAAGUGAGCUACAAGCGUGUGCUGCUCGGCUCCGCCAUGAAGGUCAUCCGCGACCGGCAGGCGCUCAUCGCUGACAAGAAGAAGGCGCUCGUGCACGAGAUCACGCAGACCGUCGUCAAGCUAACCAACGCCAUCAACACGCGUGGCAAGCAGCUGGUGUUGCGACUCAACGAGGUGUGCGACGCCAAGCAGCGCACGCUCAGCGAGAAGAAGGACGCGCUCGAGCAGCUGGCCGCCAUCACCGACCACUGCGUGGACUUCGUCAACACGGCACUGGAGCAGGGCAGCGACACGGCGGUGCUGCACAGCAAGCGCGCCGUGUGCGCACACCUGCAGCGCAUCAAGAGCCGACGCGCAGACAUCCCCAACCCCGAGAUCCCCGUGCGCAUCUCGCUCGCACUCGACAAACUGCCCGAUCUCGUGCGAGUGCUGUCGAACAUCGGCGCGAUCGUGGUGGAUGGUAAAGUGGACGGCGGAGGUAGCGGCGGCUCUGGUGUCUCUGGCGGCGGUGGUGGCGCAGGUGGCGGAGGUGGUGGCGCGGGUGGCGGAGGUGGUGGCGCGGCCGGAAGCCCGGGCCCGGCGGGCGUAUUCCACGCGGGCGGUGCUCCGCCGCACUCGGCCGUGGUGGCGCUGCAGCAAGUCGCCAUGCACCAGUCGUACGUGCAAGCGGUGACGGGCGCUACGGGCCCGGGUGUGGUUGUGGGCGUGGGUGGCGCCUCUAGCGCGAUGAUGGGCGGAGUGGGCGUGGGCGUACCCGGCAUGGCGGGCGUGGGCGGAUACAUGGCAAUGCAGCGGUCGCGUGCGCACACGCCGCUGCGACAUCCACACGUGACGUCCACUACGCAUCCUCAUCAUUUGCACGGCAUGAACGAGAUGAAUCUUCGUGGGCUGCUGAACUCUUCAGGCGCGCGCGGUCGCCCCCCCGCGCCUCCACAGCACGCACAACACGCACAGCACGCGCAGCACGUACAGCACGCACAGCACGCAUACCACCAAAUGAUGGGCGCCUACGGCAACGGCGCGUACGGAGCGAGCGCGGGCGGCGGCGCGGCGAGCGGGCGGCGCAGCGGCGGGCCGCGCACGCCGUCCCCCGCGCCGCUCGCGCACCCGCCCUCCGCCAAGUGGCACAUCCCGCAGCACGCGCUGCCCAACGGCGCGCUGGAGGCGGGCGCGGGCGCGAGCGCGGCGGCGGGCGGCUCGCUGGGCGGCGCCGACUACAAGAUCACGCUGGGCCGCGCGCGCACCUCCUCCGCCGUCACCUCCACGAACCCCAAGACGCCGAGCCCCAGUCUCAACGGCGUCAGUGCGGGGUGUGCGUCGGAGCUGGAUAAAGUGUGUGCGGAGUCGGUGCAGGAUCUCAUGGCCACCAUCGCGAAGCUCGACUCCAACGGUGUGCAGGUGGUGGCGGAGCAGAGCGGCGGGGACGCGUCUCCGGCCGCCGUGCACUCGUCCACGGACGCGCCGGGCCGUGCCGCCGGCGACCCCAACGAGGACUGGUGCGCCGUUUGCAUGGACGGCGGGGAGCUCAUGUGCUGCGACAAGUGCCCCAAGGUCUUCCAUCAGUACUGCCACAUACCCACCAUCGAGAAGUUGCCCGAGGAGACUGAAUCAUGGCAGUGCCUCCUAUGCGUGAACUUCGCGGAGUACGCGGAGGGCGAGGCGGGCGUGGAGAGCGAGGCGGGCGAGCUGACGGGGCGCGUGCGUCGCAUCGCAGAGCGCAUCACGCUGGAGCUGUACUGCCAGUACGAGCAAUCGCUGCCUUUCCGAGAGCCCGUGCCGCCGCAUAACCGCCACUACCACUCUAAGAUCCAGCGCCCCAUGUGUCUGGACAUGAUUCGUUUGAAGCUUCAGCCGAGUUCGGAGGGACGCUACACUCACAUAUCGCAAUUCGUCGCCGACGUACGGCUACUUUUCCGCAACGCCUACAGAUAUAAUCCGCCGGACUCUCAAAUUAAUAAGGACGCCAAAAAGCUAGAGGAUUUCUUCGAUGCGCAGCUGGUGAAGUGGCUGCCCGACUACACGUACUGGAGCGGGGAGGGCUCGCCGCCCGCCAAGCGCGCGCGCUGCGACUGACCGCCCGAGGCUCCGACGUUGAGAACAUUAUCGAAUUACUCCGUAACAUGAAAUACUUGAGUGAUAUUCGCUUGGAACUUAAUAGUCCAGUAGACUAAAAUCGUCAAACAUAUUAUAUAGUUAUAGUUUUAUUUAAAACUGAGGUGUGUCUGUUAUCGAUGUUUACACGGCCAGUUAUAUGAAAUAAAGUGCCACGUGUGAAUAUUUCAAAGUGGUUAAUUAUUAUUAUACUGUAUAUGAUGUGGAAAUGGAAUGUUAGUUGUGAUACUGGACAGAAGUUGAGAUAAGAUGUUCUUAAGUAUUCGACACUUAGUUAAUCUAAAUAUUUUCUAUACAUUUCUUAUAUGUAAUGUAGAAGUUCCUCUGAAGUCGUAGGAAAAAGAUUAUAUGUUAUUAGUAUUUAAAGGACCUUUCUAUUUCAUACGUCAAUGGUUUCAUUUUAUUAUUUUGGAGAUAUACAAUACUAUCUCAUCGUAUUUCGUACAGUGACACCACACUUUCUACAGAUACAACUAUAAGGGUAAGCUAAUACACAAUACUGCCUCUGAACUACCCAUUGAAUUUGGACGUUUCAUUGCAGAAACAGUUUUCUGUUUUAAGCAUAACUUGUUAAACUUAUAUACAUAUGUUGUUAUUUAACUGUGAUAAAAACUAAAACCAUGAGAGUUUGUCAUUUUACAUGCAAGAAGUUUACUUCAGCCUCAUGUCGUAAUAAUGAUACACUUGUACAAUUUAAUCGUGCAUCACAUCAAAUUUCGAAUUGAAUACAUAUUGUACACAUGUAUAUCUGUGAGGGAGUCAAUGCUUACUGUCAAGAGGUAACAAUCUGCAAUGUUACAAGUACUCUAGAAAUGUCAGGCCAACAGACGCUGGCUGGAUGUGCACAGGUUGAUGUAUAAUAUAAGAUUACUUGUAACAUGUGAUAUAGCAUUGUACAUUGUUAUAAUAUAAAAUGCACAAAUCGCAUUAUAAUUAAGUUUUAUUUUAGGAACAUAUGGUAUAUACAUCUUAUUAGUUUGCGCUAUCUAAGACUGAGUUAUCUAAUGGAACUAUUACAUACAAUCUUAUGACAUAUAUAAAUAAAAAGGACUAGAUUACUGCCACGAGCCAUCACAGCACAAUGAUCUUAAUUUAUUGUGCAAAUAAUUUUGAAUGUUCUGGACUAGGAUAAGAAGUCUAUUGUUUGUAUAUUUAACUAAAUAAUUACGUUAUAUUUAUUAUUUCGCAAUGGAUAUAUUCGGUUAAGAUUGUAUGGCAGGAUAGAGCUGUUUCAUUAGAUAGAAAAAUUACUUAAAUGGUCAUUUUACUUAUACCAAUAAUUUACUUCUGCUUUUGACUUUCAUUAUGCUCUCUUGAUUUUAUUAAAAUCUUAUAUUUUUAACAUUAACAUACACUUAAAAGUGAGUAAAACUCUGUUAGAAUUACAUUGUUGAUGUUGGCCGGUAUGUUGCUUGACUAGGCUGUAUGUUGUUUCAUAUUUUAGAUAUUCUCAAAAUGAUUACUAUUACCUUAGAAAAUAAAUAUCAUUUAUCUGA